AUGCAAAACGGCACACCAAACGGGACCUCACAACACGAUGAACGCGUGACACCAGAUCCCAACGAGACUUUUCGCGUUUCGCCUCAGCCAGAACAAGCGGAGACCGUUGUCGCGUUUAUGCAAACGCCAGGUGAACAAAAGAUUGAUGGAAUCGUCGAUACAAACAACGAGGAACCUCCGUCAAAGAAACGGAAGCUUGCCGAGGGCAAACGCUCGACACCGCGACCGAUUUCGCCACCAUGGAAGAAAGUAGGCGUCGAGGGACCGACGUCGUUCAUGGAAGGUGGCAGGAGGAAAUCGUCGCGAACAAAUGCCAUCCCUUUAGAGCUUCAACCAACUUCCGCAAAGAGACAGACCCGUGGUGCUCAAACAACGCCCGCCGUAUCGUCGCCGUUAUCCUCAACGCCCGUCCGCACAUCUGCUAGUAGUCGAAGAUCGCUUGGAGCCAAGGCAGGAGCAAGUGGGACAGUAAGCAACAGUGAAAGGAAAGAGACAAGGAGGAAGUCCAGCUCAAGGCUUCCUCUAAGCGGCACUGUGAACGUUGAGACAACUCCCGUUAUUAGCUCGGCCAAGUCGCGAACGCGGACACAGAGCGCUGCGAAAACAGUCGCGAACGGCACUAGCUCAAGACACACUCGUCGCAAUGCUUCCAUUUCGAACGCCGAAUCAACGUCUGCCUCUCGAGACCUCGAUAUCCCUGUCAAAGAAGAUACGCAUGACUUCGGUGGCGAUCUCAAAGUUCCUCGACUACGGCUCAAAUUAAAGAAGGGGUCGGUCAGCGUUCAACACCCGAAUCACGUCGUUCGUCCAAAGCAUUAUUCCUCAUUUCGAGAUUGGGUUUACGCCACCGAGACCAUCGCCGGCGAAAAUGUCAUCGCAACCAGUGAAGAGGCCCAACAAGAGGCGGUCAAACGGUUACGUGUUCUCAAGGCUGGAGAGCCUGGUGGCCUGCUGAGCCCGCAAGUCUGCUCUGCUUGUUUGCCCGAACCCCAGGAGGAACCUCCCGUACAGUAUUCGCACCACGAUCACCUCGUCGCACAUGCUCUAUUUUUCCGCAAACUCCUCGAUCAGGAGCAUCGAAGGCAUCGCAACACAGCUCGUCAAUUUGCGCAAUGGUGCGCCGAAGCUUGGAGAAAGAAGAAUAAACGACCAGAGGAUAUAAUACGAGAACAAGUGGAGGAGACCAAAACGAAGCGCCGACAAGUCAUUAGGGAUCUCCAAAAACAAUUCGAUCUUGUUCGCGCUGAAGUUGACAGGGUUCGCUUAGCACGAUGGGAAGAGGAAAGAAAAGCAGAAAACCAACAGGCGCUAAAUCAGGCCAUCAAGCAGUCAACCAUGCUUUUCGAGAAACGGAGACAGGAAAUUCUGGGUGUUGGAAGCGAUAUGGACACGUUUAGUGAGGAUGUUGAUGAUGACGACCAGGAAUCGGAAGAUGAUGAUGACGAAGAAGAUUCUUCAAUCUCCGAUGCAGACGAAAGUAACAUGUCUUCAAGCGAAAGUGACGAUGAAAGCGAAAACAAUGUCGAUGACGAUGAAGGCCUGACCGCGGAGGAGUUGCGAUUGAAGUAUGCCAAUAUCCCCGAUACUACUUUCACGAAACACGAAGCCGAAAUGGACUCUUCAAUUCGUGGCACCUCGGUCGAUGAUGGGCGUACGGAAGGAGACGCCAAUUCAUUGAACACGUCCGUCCCUCCAUCGAUAGUCCAGCCUGAUCUUGAUGAUGUUGACCCUCUUCUACUCGACGAGAGUGAUGUGUCUACUGACAUGGAUGACGACAUGGGAGACUCGGAUAACAUGAGCGAUGAAGACAGUGAAGAUGAAGGCAGCGAUGCCAGCGAUGAUGGUCCGGGACUUUUAGGCUUCUUUUCUUCAAAAGACGCAUUGAGAGCCGCCAGCACAAAAAGUCCAGAAGCUGACGCCCAGGACGAGCAGGAAGAGGGAGAAGAGCACAUUGAAGAACAUGCUGAGAUGGAAGAUCCAGACGAAGUCUCUCUUAUACCGACAGGCCCAGUUGAACAAUUCGACAAAGCUGACAAGGCCAUCACCGAAGAAAAUGAAGCCAGCAAGACCGAGUCAUCAAAAGAUGAAGCCAACGUUGCCGAGCAUAUGGAUCUCGACCCAGACUUUCCAGCGCAAGUUGAGGAUGUUUCUCAUGGACAUCAGAGCGGUGAUGCCUCCAGCCAGGCUUCCCCUGGGACUGUUGCAACCAAGCCUUCAGAACCCGAGUCUAUGUCAUCAUACGAAGGGCAAGGCGACAAACAAUCUGUAGCAGAAUCGACUACUCCUGCUGGGCUUAAGACACCCAUUCCACACUUGCUCAGAGGAACACUUCGUGAAUAUCAGCAUUAUGGGUUAGACUGGCUAGCUGGACUCUAUACAAAUCACAUUAAUGGAAUAUUGGCAGAUGAGAUGGGUCUCGGAAAGACCAUUCAGACAAUUGCGCUACUUGCACAUUUAGCGGUAGAACACGAGGUUUGGGGUCCGCACCUUGUCGUUGUUCCUACCAGUGUCAUUCUCAACUGGGAAAUGGAGUUCAAAAAAUGGUGUCCCGGCUUUAAGAUAAUGACAUACUACGGCAAUCAAGAAGAGCGAAAAGCAAAGCGUCGCGGUUGGACGGAUGAUAGCAGUUGGGAUGUUCUAAUUACGUCUUACCAGUUGGUGUUGCAGGAUCAACAGGUUUUGAAGAGAAGAGCUUGGCAUUAUAUGGUUCUCGACGAGGCUCAUAACAUCAAAAACUUCCGAUCUCAGAGAUGGCAGGCGUUGCUCACCUUCAGGACGCGUGCUCGUCUUUUGCUUACAGGUACACCACUUCAAAACAACCUGACCGAGCUAUGGUCGCUUCUUUUUUUCUUGAUGCCAUCGGAUGAAGACGGCGCUGGAGUGGAUGGAUUCGCAGACCUGCGAAACUUUUCAGAAUGGUUUCGUCGGCCGGUUGAGCAGAUCCUAGAGCACGGCAGGGAAACAAUGGACGACGAGGCCAAGCAGAUAGUUCACAAACUGCAUACAGUUCUUCGACCAUAUCUCCUCCGACGAAUGAAAGCGGAUGUCGAAAAGCAGAUGCCGGCCAAGUACGAACAUGUCGUCACCUGUCGCUUGUCCAAGCGGCAGCGAUACCUGUACGAUGGAUUUAUGUCUAGAGCCCAAACCAAAGAGACUCUCGCCUCUGGCAAUUAUCUUUCCAUCAUUAACUGUCUUAUGCAACUUCGAAAAGUCUGCAAUCAUCCGGAUCUGUUUGAAACGCGUCAGAUAUCUACAUCGUUUGCAAUGCCCACAUCGGUGUCGGUUGACUACGAGGUCAAAAACAAACUUAUCCGACGUCGUCUUUUGUACCAGCAUCCUUUUGACAAACUUGAUCUAGAUUUUCUGAACCUUGCGCCUGUGUCGCGUGAAGAUCUUUCCACUAGACUAGUCCAAGAUAGCAGCCGCAUAAUGGCCUUUGGGCCAUUAAAGACCUUACGGGAACGUCAGUACAAGCGGACGAACUGGCAGAUGGGGUUUGACGGAUCGUCGGUGCGGUCUAUACUAGACUCGAUGGAUAACGCUGCAAGGAAGAAGCGAAUGAACGAACUUGAGAGCGCGCUUUACUUUGAGAGUAACCGACAUGGUCGACGCCCAGUUUGGGGAAAGAGCUUGAUCCAGUUCCUCACAAUUGAAAGCCACUACAAUGGUGUCUCAACACGCGAUUCUCGCCGGAUCUCCAAGCUCGAUCAGCUAGCGAACCAGUCGUCUGUCCUAGCUUCAAUGAUCAACUCAAUUCAAGACAGGUCUCAAGCUAUGGAGGGCUACAUACAAAGGUUCGGAUGUGUCACCCCUGCUGCUCUGGCUGCGGGAACUACCGAAGCAGCAAUCACUCCUGUUGAGUCGCGCUAUUUCGAUCGAAAGUUGCGGUAUGAAGACUAUGAUCCUUUCCAUGAAGCGCAGAUGCGUCUGUCAAUUGCAUUCCCAGAUAAACGAUUGCUACAAUAUGACUGCGGAAAGCUCCAACAACUGGAUAAGCUACUUCGUGAGCUUCAAGCAGGUGGUCAUCGAGCUUUGAUUUUCACGCAGAUGACAAAGAUGUUGGAUAUUCUAGAGCAAUUCUUGAACAUCCACGGACACCGCUACCUGCGUCUUGAUGGUACGACAAAGGUUGAGCAACGCCAGAUGCUUACAGAUCGGUUCAACAACGACAAUCGAAUUCUUGCAUUUAUCCUGUCUACUCGUUCAGGUGGUCUAGGUAUCAACCUUACAGGCGCCGACAGUGUUAUUUUCUACGACCUCGACUGGAAUCCGGCCAUGGACAAACAGUGCCAGGAUCGUUGCCAUCGUAUAGGACAGACGCGUGAUGUGCACAUUUAUCGAUUCGUGUCGGAAUUCACCAUCGAAUCCAACAUUCUACGCAAGGCAAACCAGAAGCGUAUGUUGGAUGACGUGGUGAUUCAAGAAGGUGGGUUUACCACUGACUACUUCACCCGUGUCAACGACGCGCACAAAGCAAUCGACGAGUCUGCACCUGACGACCAACAAGACGAAGCCAGUAAAGCCAUGGAUCGCGUACUCGACAACCGCGGUGGAGGCGGUCUGGUCGCUACACAUACACGCGUCUUUGAGCAGGUCGAAGAUAAAGAAGACAUCGACGCCGCGAAGAACGCGCAAAAGGAAAUGGAGCAUGCCGAUGACGGAGACUUUGAGGAGGCCGGCACAACAGCUCAAGUCGCGUCAGGCGCAGGAGCAGCCGGCGUCGUUGAUGGCGAGAAUGUAGGAGAGACCGGAGGCGCGGCCGAAGAAGGACAACCUGAACCGAAUCACAUUGAUGAUUAUCUCGUGCGAUUCAUGGAGUGGAAUGUGCGCGAUGAACCACUGGUUCUUCCGCCUGAUAAGGCCAAAAAGAAGUCUAAACGAGGAAAGGAGCACCGAGUACGGCGUCGGUAG